UUUUGUUACAAGGAAUACAUAUUAAUUAUAUUUUUUGAUUGUUCUAAACGAAAUUACAAGUGUGUCACCAGUCAUAAAUAUAUUCGCGCAUUAAUUCUCGCUAGAAGUUUUGCCGUUUUCAUCUACAUACGUACUCCUGUUUGUAAAGAUUUAUGUUUGUACUAGGUUAGAACUCCAUUUAUUUUCUAAAAAACUACACGAAUAAUUAAUACAAAUGGUUAUAUACAAUAUUUAAAUAUGUAUUGAUAUCUCCUUUGUCUUUGUAUUAUAGAUAAUUUAAAGUCACGAAACGGCGUGAAAACAAAUAGUUUGUUGACAAAUGAGUCGUUUCUAUAAUUACUCAUAUUCUUGGUAUUAGUAAAAUAGCUCGUUAUUCUUAGAGAAUAUGGUGCUAUCUGCAUGACUUUACUUAAAUGCAACUUUUGGUCUGCAAUGAUGUAAAAUUAGCAAAAAGAAACUCUCACUCACUUAUAUGCAAGUAAUUUGUAUUUAUAUAUUCAUAUACACAACGAAAUAAUAACGGGUUUUAACGUCAUUUAUCAACGACCUUGUAAAUAAGUUUCCAAACACAAACAUCACACGAACAACUGUUAAGUAUUAAACUCAAAGUUCUUAACUAGACCAACAAGAGGUAGCUGACGCCAAUUUCGACGAUAGUUGUUCAUCAACUAUUUACUUAUUUUAAGUAAAAAAUAUGAAUAUGAAAAUAUGAACUAAUUUAUACUCAAUCACACUUCACUGAAACACAUGUACACAACUGAAGGAAACAUUUGCAGUAUUACUUCAAAAACUAGUUAAAUACUUGUUUACUGCUGUACAAAUGUAUUUGUUUAGUGUUAAAACCAAAACUCGCAGUUUAAAACUUAUUGCAGAAAAUUCAUUGCUUUACCUAGAUUUACGACAUUUGCGUUUGCAUAACCGGAACGGAUCACCGGCGACUGUUUUAUGUUACUGCUAUAAUAAUUUUUUACUUACAUUAAUUUUAGAUAUUAUUUGAAUUAUACAAACUGUAUUGCAGAAUUAUUCCAGACUUUUCAGUCCCCCAAUGCCAUAGAACUCGAUCUGUAUUACUCAUAUUAUUUUAUAACAAACCUAUAAUAUAUUUGUGUACUUUACUGUUGGUAAUACCCCAAAUAUUUUCAAUUGAAUUAAAAUCUGUAGGGCAAUGUUGGCAAAUUCAAAACCCCAUGAUCAGUUGUGUUACAUUUUCUGAGCAUUACAUUCACACAAAAAUAUGUAUGUAUGUUCUCAUGCCAAUUCGAAAAAUCAGAUUAACCUCAUUCAAUUGCUAAUGGAAAUUUCUAUUGUUUUGAAUGCAAAAAAAUGUAUAUGUACAUAAAAUAGUAUAUAAAUGAUGUACAUAUUCACUUCCUUAUUUCUUAACAAAGGCGAAUCCAACAAACAAUAUUUAAUUUUCCAAUAAACCAUAAUUACAAGCACUCGUACAUAUAUACUUACAAUGUAAUGCGGUCGCCUUGCCUCUGCAUGUCAUUGUUAAAUUCGUUUAACCUAUGGGGUGUCAGCGUGUGUUUUGGUGCCUAUCCGAGAGAUAACAGAGGCUGCUUUAUCACUUUGUGUAUAUACUUUUCAUUCAUUUUAAAUACUUGUGUGGGCGUUAUGCAAGUAUCCGUCUCGUGCAUAGCUGACAUUUUGUACAAAUUCAACUAUCAAUGUAAUGGAAGUGUGUGGCGUCUAAGAAAAAUUGAAAAUCGACAGGUUAUUUAUACAAAAACACAAAAAUACAACAGAAAAUAAAACAAAAUGGAACCGAAUUCGGAUGAUAAUCUCUUGGAGAUUAUGGAUUUGGCACGUACUUUGCGCCAGGAACAACUAUUCAUACAACAAGAACAAGCCGCCUUUGCGCAAUUCACAGAGUCACUAUCGGAGAACUCGGCAGCCAUAACAAAGUUGGCGUAUAUAUGCGCACAACAAAGACAGAAUCUUAAUGAUUUGAUCACGUCGCGUCCAGAGACGGGCCCCAGUAUUUGCUGUCGGCGUGCGAAGAACUAUGAAAAUGCUAAAUACAUUGAUGCCAAGAAAGUGCUGGACUAUGAGCAUGCCAUUUCCUAUGAAGAGCUGUUCAAUCACCUCUAUCGUUCACCUUAUCUGCUUGCACUUUCGCUGGCCACCGGCGAUCGCAUUGCUGAGAUAACACCACAGCACCUUAGCUGUGUAAUACACACCAUAUCGGCGGGGCUCUAUGGCAACGCCAUCAAUACGAAGGAUGUGGAAAUGAUAUUGAAGCUCUUAAGAGAGCUUAUUGAAAUACAAAUUGUGGUUAGUGAGAAUCCACGUAAUUUAUUACGUGCAAAUUCGUCGGCUUUUGCGCGUCUCUAUCAUCGUUUGAACGAGUCAAUGUUUUCGGCGAAAAUCUUUUUAACGGCAGCAUUAUUCGAACCAAUAAUGGGCGUAUUGAGUGAUGUUGAUAGUGUGUUGGAUGUGGAUCCAAGCAAAGUGGUGGAGAAUUUCAGCAGUAAAGAGCGCUUGAAAAGAUUUGGUGCUGAAAACUCGAAUAACUAUCAAGAGAACAUAAAUAAGUUCCACAAUGAUAUCAUAGCCAAGCUGCAUGUUAUGGCUAAAUCAUUCAUUGACAGCUUAACUUUCAAUUGGUCACUUUUUCCAUCCACACUCCGCUGGCUGGUACAAACCAUGUCACAUCAGCUAAAGCAAUCACAUUUCUCGGAUAAAAUCAUCAAUGAAAUAAUCACGGAUAUGGUUUUCACACAUUUCAUUUGCCCAGCAAUCGUUAGUCCGGACAUAAUGGGUAUCAUCGAUGCACCAAUACCGGAGCAGGUGCGCUUUAAUCUCAUACAAAUCGGACAAAUCAUACAAAUGCUCGCCUUGGCCAAACACGAUGAUGUUGAUGCGAAAUUCGCGCAAGUGCAUGCGAAAUUCGAAUCGAAUAUGGUUUCAAAUUUAAUCGAUUUAUUGCUGAUGAGUCAAUCCGGCGAAGAUGUGGUUGCCAUACUCUCGCAGCAAAGUGAUUUUGAUCGCUCCCAUUUGCUGAGUACACAAAGUGAGCUCGCUUAUUUUGUAGAGUUCUAUCGCAUACUCAUGGCUAAUGAUGACUUCGAGCCGCCAGCCGAAGAACGAAAGAAACUGCAGAAAAUACUCGCGCAUUUGCCGGAAUCCGCAGAGCACAGUCAGCGUGUGCAGUCGAAUGGCGGGGAGGUGGCCGGCGCAUUGCCGGUAAACGGUGAGACAAGUGGACUCAAAGAACGCUCCAAACAAGGUUUCAUGGGUCUCAGCAAAGUGACAAAGAACAAAAUUGCCAAAAGUAUGAGCUUUAGUACAAAUAGUAAUACAGGAAUCGAUGGCGCAGCAGCAUCAACCCAUUUGAAUGGGUUAACAAAUGGCGGUGGACACACGGGCAUAAGUCAAGCCCACGCACAUGAAAAUCAUAACGGUAAUAAUGGCAGCGCCGGCGCAUCAACCAAUGCAUCCGUCAGUUCGAAUAGUUCAUCGCCGAUACGCACGAUAAAUAUGAAUGAUGUACUCGAAAAUGAGCCAAUACUUGUCUUCAGCAUUUAUAACGGUGAUGAGCAUAAAUUGCAACCGCUCACUGAAGAGGAAGUGCUGAAGAUGAACUGCAUUGGCCAGGAUAUAUCUAAUGGCGAGGCGCUACUCGUCGAUACGGGCAGCGUAAAUUUGGACAACACUAUUGACAAAUCAUCCUCAGUGGCCAAUGGUUUCGAUGGCAUGGACAACAUGAGCGAUGUAUUGCGUCCGUUGCAUUCGAAAACCACACGUUUCUCACUGUCGCACGACGACGCGUCGAUCGGCAAUUCGGACAAUCUGGAAGCGGUUAGCGAGGCGCCGUCCAACCACUCUGUCACUAGCUCACUUGAGUUGGAGGAGGAAAACGAUCAAAAUGAUAAUCUAUCCGAUAUGGUAUCGGCGAAUGUAUCAGGACGCGGUUCGCCCAAUAUAAGCGGUCGCGACACACCCUCUUCACAAGUGACCGAUGGUGAAUCGGUGCAUAAUGCUCUACCCACACCGCAAAUGCAGAAGCUAAUAUCGAAAGCGCGUUCCGAUAUUGAGGAUAAAUUUUGUAAAUUCGAAAUAAAGAAAUUCGAAGGCGACGAAACUGUUUCGAUCAUAUCGGACACCUGGUCCACCGAUGUGUUAGCGAGCGAUUCGGAAACUGUAGACGCGAGCGAACGUGACCGUGAUCGCAAUUUCUCUACACCACUCAUACCAUCAGCUGUCGUCUUGCCGGGAGACAAUAAUUUUGAUGUGCUAACUGGUGCGGGCGUCAUGCGUCCCUUUUUAGAUGUAUCCGAUCAACGCUCCGAGUCUAAUUGGAGCACCGAUGUGCUGGCCAGCGAUUCGGAAAAGUUUGCCGAAGUAGAUACGGAUGAUAAUUUGAGCAUCACCGCCAAAUCGGACAUAACCGAUUCGGGCGCACGUUCGGAACAGGAGCGUGAUCAGUUGGCAGCUGCGAUAUCUGCUGCGCACACACGACGCGUACCGAAUUCACCUUAUUAUACAGCGCGCAACGGUAGGACAUUUCGUGCUGCGACCGCAGCUAAUUACAAUGCGCCUGCAGGUGGCAACAGUGGUAGCGCUGCGCUUAAUGGCGCUGGAAAGGUGGUACGUGCGGCGAUUGUCAAUGCAGGCAGCGAAGACGGUGGUGUUGUCACGGCCGAUGGCAGCCAUGGCAGUGGCAGCAGCGAUCAUUCUCAAGAUGAUUCAGCAUUUUAUGAUGCGGCGAAUUUGUACGAUGAAGCCGCGGCCUCUGUGAAGACCGAACAAGAUGCUACAGCGCACUACGCCGGAUUUUCCUCAUUAGCACGCAGCUCGGUGCGCACGACCAAUCAGUAUAGCGGUGAAAAUAACUUUCAGCAAGAAUAUAAAAGUAGUAGUGGCACUUCCGAUGGCAAAGAAACGUUUUUGGGCGCGCCACGCAUGCGCCGACAAACCUCAGCCGAGAGCAGUAUCUCAAAUCAAAGUGUAACAUUUGAAGAUGCGUCUGGUAAUGCGGGUGUGAUUGCCAGCAAACCACCGAAGUCGCAUCAUAAGGGUGGUGUGAAAAAGAAGAAGCAACACAACAACAGCACGUCGAGUCACAAAGAUUUAAUAGAUUUCAGCGAUUUCGGUGAAGAGGAAAAACCACCAAUAUCUGUAAGAGCAGCUAUACACGACACGCUGACCGCUCCAACGCCAUCGUCGCUCAUUGAUUUGUUCGUCGAUGAAAACGUCGAGCAUCGGCACACAUCAAAUGAGGCGCGCAAUGCCAGUUUCGAUGGACGUCGUAACGGUAUAAUGGCAAUGAAGGGCAACGGACAUACCGAGUCGCCGGGCAGUCAUGCGUCGGUGCCGGUAUUGCGUCGCCAUCAGAGUCUCAAUUACGAAAAUCAUGAGCUCAUGAUCAGCAAUGUGGUAAAUUCCACGAAACGUGUAACAAUGAUACCGAAUUUGUCACAAACGGACGACGCCAAAAGUCAACAGCAACAACAGAUUAUGUUACUUUGCGCGAAAACCGAGAAAUUGCAGCUGAACGAUACCGAUAACGGCACGAGUGAAAGCGCCACGUUGUCCACAUCGCGUACCACACUCUCGAACAACACGUCUGGCAUUGGCACCGCCAGUGCAACGACUUCUAGUUUAAGUAUUGCCACUACCAGCAUGAACAGUUGCCAAAAACCGACCAAAUCGACCGGUGCCAUACCGAAAAGCAUCAGUUUCGACGCAUCGGCCGACAAGAAUACGAAUAGCCAUAAUGAUGGUGCCGCGGGCGCAACCACCAGUGCCGGCGCAGGUGCGCGCCAUUUACCCACACAUCGCAAUGCGCGUGUACUAUACCCUAAUUUGGGUGGACAUAUCUCGACUAGUGCCAAUAGCAAUUCCGGUAUAUUCAACAAGUUGAAGCAAGGUAUUUUCAAGCACAGACGCGGCAACAAAUCACAUUCACGCCACUCGACGCAUCUACAUAACGGUGUUGAGAGUGUGGAUGCUGGCGCUGCGAGUGGUGAGUACGCUACGACACACACCACCAGCAGUCGCAGCGUUUCGUUCAGCGCCAACACCUCGGAAAUGUCGCUCGAAAUUAUUGGCAUCGGCAGUGGUUCGGCUAGUGCGCGCAACACAUCUACAGGCGGUGCUGACAAUGUUGGUGCCACCGGCGGCAUGGCAUCGAGCUAUAGCGAUAUCAAUGAGGAUAUUCUGGCCAAGUAUCGUCGUAAGGUGAGCAGCUCGAGCGAAGCAACCAACUCCGACUCAAUGGGCAACUGUUUGGUGGGCUUGGCUGCCGGUGCGGCUGCUCAUGAACGCAAACUUUCCGAUACAGAGGCGAAAUCACCAACUACUUUGUUGCACGAUAAAACGCUUGCUUUUAAUGUGAUCAAGAAGAAAAUACGUACCGUGCUGUCUAAGACUGAUUUACACACUGGCGAUUUUCGCCAUACUACAUACACCAAUGCCUCACCUUUGCUCACAUAUCUGCAAAUCCAGUUGGCGCAAGCGCUGAAUCUGCAAAAUUUCCAACAAAUAUCCUACGUUUCCGAAGCCAUUCGUUGCAUUUCCACACUCGAACGCAGCCAGCACACCCAGCUACUCGAGGAAUUGCAGCAGGACAUACAAAAGCGUCAAAAUUACUUACAGUAUUUAAUGCGUUAUCGGCAAAACCAACUGCUCAUGAUGGAGAAUAUCGAACAGUUCGAGACGCGCCUGCGCAGCGAAAGUGCCACUUGCAAUCGUUACUUAAUGGCCGUUUGUGUGCGCCUAUUUUUUGAGAAACGCCAAGCGAAGUUGGCUGAGUUCCAAGAGGAGUUUGCACGCCUCACAGUCUCGGAUGACAAAAUCGAGUUGAUUGAGGAAUUCGUUGAUGGGCUGAUGGAGGAGUUGCUUGCACCGGCCGGCAUAUUGCAUGGCAUGCCCGAGUGGCAGGCACAGGAGGCACGCCAAUCCAUCGAACGCAUACUGCUUACGCGUCUCUACCAGCAAGUGAUGUUCCCCAAUGAAGAUGCGGACUUGUCGCGUGACACUGUACUUUCGGAGCACAUAAGAAAGCUGCAGCGUGUGAUUAGUCCUUCACAUCCGGCACUUUGCAUUCCACAAGCAUAUCUCUCCGAGGCUCCUUGGUCCUUUUCACAGCAGCAGCUCUCCUAUAUAUCGGCGUAUAAAACACCGCGUGAAAAAUUGCUGUGUGUUAUUAGGUGCAUUUCGAGUAUUAUGAGUUUGUUGCACAUGUCGAGUGGCCGUGUGCCAGCUGCUGAUGAUAUUUUGCCCGUUCUAAUUUACGUGGUGAUUAUGACAAAUCCACCCUUCCUGCUGUCAACAGUUGAAUAUAUUACUUGCUUUAUUGGCGAGAAGCUGGAAGGUGAAGAACAGUUCCAUUGGACGCUCUUCUGUUCCGUGGUGAAAUUUAUCAAAACAAUGGACUACUUGGAUUGAGCGUACACUUCCAUAUAACAAGGUUUCUGUUACACUUUUGUUGAUGAAGCAACGUGCUUUUUUGUUUUAAUUAUAAGCUCUAUUCCAAAUUGUUUAUUAUUUUUAUUGUGAAUGUAUUGUCUCAAUUAGUCGACUGGUCGAAAUGAAGAGCAUCCUUAAAGCAAUAUUAAUGUAAUCUAUAUAUAUGCAUAUACAUACAUACAUAUACAUACGAGUAUAUGUAACGAGUUGAUAAUUGUUGAACUGUUAAGUUUUUUCUUCUGUUAUUUAUGCACUAUACAAAUGCGAUUAGUUUGUAACUGUUUAAUUGGAUUUAAGUACACAUUAUAUCGAAAAGAAAUGUAAAUUUGCAUGUUUUAAGUUUAGCUCCUGAGUUGAGUUGUAUAUUUGUUUAACGAAAGCGUGAGUUUGGACAUCUACGAACUUGUCCAUGAAGAUUCUGGCGAUGUGUGCAUAAGUGUAUAGCUUACGUUGUAAUUAUUGUAUGUAUUUUGUUAUAAUAAAUUAAAAUAUAUAAAUAAAGGCUUAUUGUAUACAUACGUACAUAUAAAAACUAUAUAUAUAUAUAUACAUACAUAUAUAAUGUAAACUAUUUUUUGAUAUUUAUUAAGCAAACAUAAAUAUACAUAGUAUACUUUACCUAUAUACACCAUAUGUAUUAGCAAUCAACAGCAUUCAUUAGUAUACUCUUUAUAAUGUAAACAAAAAACUUGAACUUGAAUAGCAAAACAAAAACAGGGUGACAGUAAAUGUAGUACACGCAUACAUACCUACAUAGAGUUGAGCAUUUUAAUUACAUAUUUUCUUAAUUACAUAAUCAUGAAUUAAAUUAAAAAUUACAUAUUUAGUAGUACAAUAUUCAAAGAUAUUAAUAAAACUGAUACAUAUGUAUAUGGUGAA